UUUUUUUUUUUUUUUUUUUUGUUGCCACCAUGUCAACGUCCGAAUCUGACAUUAAUCCUCUUUAUAAAGAAGUGAUAUGUCCUGUACUUCUCAAACUUGCCGAAAAUACAGAUGAAAUACACAUGCAAGAUGUUAUUGAUCAACUGGCAGACUACAUCGUGGAAGAAACAGAUCAAUCGGCAACAACUGAUAUGAUUAAAAGCUCAUGGACAAAACGUUUUUUUCAGUCGGCGAAACUAACGAAUGUUGUUCUUCUAAAAGAAAAUACAUGCUGGGAACCUGUUGUUAAACGAAUUCACGAAAAAGCCAGCAACAAUAAUAAUAAUGAUCACGAUAAUAGCAAUACCACCAGCAAUACCACAUCCUCCACCUCUUCUUCAUCCACCUUGAAACGUUUAUUGACAGAGGAAGACAAAGCAAAUAUCAAGAAAAUGUUCAGCGCCUUGGAUCCCGCCAAAUUUUGGUAUUUGAAAGCAACCUGCGAUCAAGCUGCCAAGGACAAUGUUGACCCUGAAUCAGUCGAGGAAAAAAUGAAACGAUUUGCUCUUGAAUGUGUAUACCAUCAGUGAGUCAUUGAGAAAGACGUGCUUAGAAGAGGAGACACAUUAUUUGAUCUUUAUUCAUUGAUUGUUCUUUUUUUUUUUU